AUGUAUUUUAAGUCAAGAACAGCUCUCUGCUUUCCAACGAGAUUAUUUACAUCAUCAGCUGCUAAAAAUAAAUUAAAUAUUAAAAAUCAAUCUCAAACUAAAUCCAUUGUUGAUUUACCUCAAUUUGAUCCCAAUUUUGAGAUGAAAAAUGAGCCAAUUUUAAAAUACAAUUCCGGUUCCGAAGAACUAAAUAAACUGCAAGAAGCCCUUAAAACAUACCAAUCCCAAAUUGCAGAAAUACCCAUAAUUAUUGGUGGCAAAGAAUUCUCGAGCAAAAUCGAACGUUUUCAAAUAAUACCUCAUCGUCAUCAUCAGUGUGUAGCCAAAUAUUAUGAAGCUGAUGAAAAUCUAAUAAAUAAAGCCAUACGUUCAGCGGUGGAAGCUAAAAUUAAAUGGUCCAAAACAGAUGUAACGACUCGCAUAGAUAUUUGGUUAAAAGCAGCCGAAUUAAUGUCCAACAAAUACAAAGCCCAAUUAGUGGCAGCCACAAUGUUGGGUCAAUCGAAAACUUUACAGCAAGCUGAAAUUGAUGCCGGCGUUGAAUUGAUUGAUUUCAUGCGGAUAAAUGCUGGCUUCCUGAAUGACCUCUGCAAAUAUCAACCAUUCAGUGGAAAUCCAAAUGUUUCUAAAAAUCACAUGUUAUGGAGGCCUCUAGAUGGUUUUGUUGCCGCCAUAAGUCCGUUUAAUUUUACAGCCAUUGGUGGCAAUUUGGCUUAUACCCCUGCUUUAAUAGGCAACACGGUAUUGUGGAAGCCACCCCCUUCUGCUAUGCUUUCAAGUUGGCUGAUUUCUAAAAUCAUGCAAGAAGCUGGUCUUCCAGAUGGCGUAGUUAACUUCAUACCAGCCAAUGGCCCUGUUUUUGGUAAUACCAUUACAUAUUCUUCGAAUUUGGGUGGUAUAAAUUUCACUGGAUCCUUGUCAACGUUUCGAAAACUCUGGAAAUUGGUCUCAAAACAUUUGGAAUUUUACAAAAGUUUUCCCCGUCUUAGCGGUGAAUGUGGUGGUAAAAAUUAUCACUUCGUACAUGCAUCUGCCGAUGUUGCAACUGUGGUUGCCUGUACCAUACGCAGUGCCUUUGAGUACAGUGGCCAAAAGUGUUCAGCCUGUUCAAGACUUUAUGUUCCCCAAUCUUUGUGGGAAAGUGAAAUCAAAGACCAACUUUGUACACAAACGGGAUAUUUAUUAAUGGGAGAUGUUUGUGAUGUGGAAACAUUUCUCGGAGCAGUAAUCGAUGAUCAGGCUUUUCUACGCAUUGCAAAAUAUUUGGAUAUGGCCAAAACAAAUCCACAAUGUGAUGUUUUAAUUGGUGGACGUUGUACAAAUUUACGGGGUUAUUUUGUGGAACCCACAAUUGUUGUGUGCCGUGAUCCCUAUGAUAUUUUAUUUAAGGAAGAAAUUUUUGGCCCCCUAUUGACGGUGUAUGUUUAUAAGGAGAGUGAACUUAUGAAUACUUUAGAUUUGGUUGGUACUACAACAAAAUAUGCUUUAACAGGUUCUAUAUUUGCCAAAGAUGAGGAGUUUCUUAAAGAGGCUUUGAAUAGACUCCAAACGACAGCUGGUAAUUUAUAUAUCAAUGAUAAGUCAAGUGGUGCUGUGGUCGGUCAACAACCUUUUGGUGGUAGUCGUCUAUCGGGAACUAACGAUAAACCGGGUAGUCCAUAUUUUUUAAUGCGUUGGUCUUCACCGCUGACAAUAAAAGAAACAUUUGAGCCACAAUCGAAAAUUUAUUAUUCUUAUAUGAGAAUUGGGGAGAAUUGUGAUAAUUAA